AGUUUCAAGAGUUGACCAGAUUCAUUUACAUCACUGACGUAUCAAUUAUAUGGAUGCCAUAGCCUUGCUGCAUCCCUCACAAACUUUGAAGAAACCAGUCCUCCUCUCGGAUCCAUUGCUUGCCCUUUCCUCCUUGCUUCAAAGCAUGGCCGAAUCAUUUGCCUUCGACUUAGCAAACAAAGUUCUGGGAAAAAUAGCUUCGCUUGCUCUCCAAGAAGUUGCCCUUGCAUGGGGUGUCACGGCUGACCUUGAUGGUCUCAAGGAUACACUCUCUGUCAUUCAAGCGGUGAUCUCAGAUGCUGAGGAGCAGCAAUCUAACAGCCGCCAGAUCGCCGAUUGGCUUCGAAAGCUCAAAAAAGCUCUUUACGAGGCUGAAGAUGUGCUUGAUGACUUUGAGUAUGAGGCUUUACGCCGGAAAGUUGCAAAAGCUGGGAGCAUCACAAAACAGGUACACAGUUUCUUUUCAACUUCAAAUCCACUUCCAUUUAGCUUUAAAAUGGGUCGCAAAAUGAAGAACUUGAAAGAGAGGUUGGAUAAGAUUGCAGCUGAUAGGUCUAAAUUUAAUCUCACUGAGAGAGCAGUUGUAGUGGACACAACGCAUGUAGUGCAUAGGAAGAGGGAGAUGACCCACUCCUACGUGGAUGUUUCCAAUAUUAUUGGAAGAGAGCAGGACAAAGAAAAUAUAGUCAGCAUUUUGAUGAAAUCAAGUAGCGAUGAGCAGGAGAAUGUUUCUGUUAUUCCCAUCAUUGGGAUCGGUGGUAUGGGAAAGACGGCUCUUGCUAAAUUGGUGUAUAAUGAUGGAAGGGUGGUUAAACAUUUUGAUAAAAGAAUGUGGGUUUGUGUAUCUGAUGAGGAUAAUGAAAUUGAGACGCUGACAAAGAAGAUCCUUAUUUCUGCAACCAUGGGAGGCACUGGUACCUUGUCUAUGGAUCAAUUUCAAAAUCUCAGAUUUUCGCUUGCUGAAUUUUCCAUGGAUGAAUUGCAAACUCAACUAAGAAAUGCAUUGGAUGAUAAGAGAUAUUUGCUUGUUCUGGAUGAUGUUUGGAAUAGCGAUCGUGAGAAAUGGCUCAAGUUAAAAGAGCUGCUCAUGGGUAGUGCAGGUGGCAGUAAAAUCGUGGUGACUACUCGCAAAAAGUCAGUGGCUUCAGUCUUGGGUACUUUUCCGGCACAAGAAUUAAAGGGUCUUCCUGAUGAGGACUGUCAGUCUUUGUUUCUCAAAUGUGCAUUUAAAGAUGGACAAGGUAAGCAGUAUCCCAAUCUCGUAAAAAUUGGGAAUCAGAUUGUUAAGAAAUGUGGAGGGGUUCCUCUUGCUGUAAGAAGUUUAGGGGGCUUGCUUUACUCAAAGCUAGAGGAACGUGAUUGGGAAUUGGUGAGAGAUAACGAAAUAUGGACAUUAGAGGAGAAGGACGAUGGAAUCUUGCCUGCGUUAAAGUUAAGCUAUGAUGAGCUUCCAUCUCACUUAAAACCGUGCUUUGUUUUUUGUUCCAUGUUUCCAAAAGAUUACGAGUUGAACAACGUUGAGUUGAUUCAACUUUGGAUGGCGCGAGGUUUGAUUCAGCCAUCUAGCCAUAACCAAGAGUUGGAAGAUAUUGGCAACCAAUGUAUUAUUGAAUUGUGUUCCAGAUCUUUCUUCCAAGAUGUUGAAGAUUAUAAAGUUUCUGUUUUUUUUAAAAUGCACGAUCUAGUGCAUGAUCUUGCACUGUCUAUAAAAAAAAUUGAGUCCAAAGAGGUUGAAGAUGCGUCCAUUACUGACAAUGUUCCAGAACAAAUUUUAGCACUUCUCCAGGAGAAAAACAAUAUUAGAACCAUUUGGUUUCCAUAUAGUGAGAUAAAUGCGACGGCUGAAUAUGUGGGUACUUGCAGUUCAAGAUUCAAAUACAUGCGAGUUUUAGAUUUAAGAGGGACUGAUUUUGAGGAGUUGCCAAGUUCCAUUGGUAAUAUGAAACAUUUGAGAUAUUUGGACAUUUGUGGGAAUAAGAGGGUCAAGAAACUCCCAGCUUCCAUUUGCAAGUUGUACCUUUUGCUGACAUUGUCGUUCAAAGAAUGCACUGAACUGGAGGAAUUGCCAAGAGAUAUGGGUAACUUUAUCAGUCUGAGGUUUUUGGCAAUAACCACGAAACAAAGAGCUUGGCCAAGGAAAGGGAAUGGGUUGGCUUGCUUGAUUUCUCUUCGUUGGUUGUUGAUUGCAGAAUGUAACCAUGUGGAAUUUAUGUUUGAAGGAUUGCAAAACCUCACUGCUCUUAGAAGCUUGGAGAUUAGAAGGUGUCCAAGUCUGGUGUCUUUGCCACCAAGUGUGAAACACCUACCUGCAUUAGAGACUUUGAUGAUUUUUAAUUGUGAAAUGUUUAAUUUUAUGGAUGAGGAUGGGGAUGAAGAGAAUGACAUUCAAGGCAUCAGUUGUAGACUCCGCUCAUUGAUGGUUGUGGAUUUACCAAAAUUGGAAGCUUUGCCCGGGUGGCUCAUCCAAGGGCUUGCUGCUAGCACCCUGCAUUACUUACUUAUUAGGAGAUGUCACAAAUUCAAAGCAUUGCCAGAGUCAUUGGAGAAUCUCACAUCACUCCAGGAACUUCGAAUUGACGAUUGCCCUCAACUUUCAACUCUGUCAGGAGGGAUGCACCGCCUCACUACACUAAAAGUUCUAAGUAUUCGUGAUUGUCCCGAGUUGAGUAAAAGAUGCAAACCAGAAAUAGGAGAGGAUUGGCACAAGAUUGCACAUGUCCCAGAGAUAUAUAUUGAUGGAGAAGCUAUUAAAUCAACAACCAAUAAUUAGAUGAUUCGCAUGCAGCAUAUGAAAGGGGCGGAGGCAAAUUUCGCUGCUAUGAGAUUGGAGAUGUUGAAUUGACACACAAAACUUUGAGGCAUACUUAUGCUGAUUGGAAAUGCUGCUUUCUUUUGAGAUGAUAAAAGAAGUUUCUUGAUUUGGUUUUUCUGGCUAGUGCGUUACUGUUAAUUUCAUUGUGUUAUAAUUGUUGAAUUGAAUUGAAUUCUUAGUUGGUGUGUUUCUUUGUAUUCUACUUUAAAUAUCGAUCUUCAUAUCAUGUCUAUUGAAACUAUGAGAGUCAGAUGUCUGAAUUGAUUUGAUUGCUUUUAUU